CUUUUUUCAUACAAGAAUCUAGCAACCUGUUGACAUUUUAAAACCAAUUCAACAACCAGUAAAAAGAACUAGGUGAUAGAACAAGUGUGGCCGGUUGAUCGAGAAAAAAUUUCUCGUAAGGAGAGGGCCUUUGUGAAGACUUGAUGAUGGCGAGUGCAGUAGGUCUUCUGGUUGUGCUUGUUGCUUUGGUUGCGUCGACAAAAGCUUCAGGAGGCGGUUGGAAAUAUGGAGAAACGAAGCACGGGGUGUACGGCCCGGAAGACUGGGGCAAGGUGAGCCAUUAUUGCGAUGGCAGGUCUCAAUCUCCCAUUGACUUUUCGGACAUCGAGGACAACGACGACGACGAUGACAACGCCCUUGAAGUCCGCUUCUCAUCCGAGGGAGUGAGUGGUGAAGUCACUAAUAAUGGCCACUCCCCUACAUUCGCCAUCCUUAAAGGUUCCGCGACUCUUGGGGAUUAUACCUUGGGCCAAUUUCACGUGCAUUUUGGAUGUAGAGAAGGGCGUGGUUCUGAGCAUACCGUCCAAGGCACAGGGUUUGACGGAGAGAUCCAUAUGGUCUUCUUUAAGACCGUCUACGGAUCUGUGGAGAAGGCCGCUGACAAGACUGAUGGACUGACUGUUGUCGGUGUUUUUCUCAAGAAGGCUUCUUCCUCAUCGACCAUGCUCCAAACGCUUACGAAAAACAUGGAGCACAUAAAAAGCCAAGGAACCAAAGCUGCUUACAAACCAAUCAAGCUGGACAAACUGGUUCCUGGCUUGUCAUCCGGGAAACGUGCCUACUAUAACUACAAGGGCUCGCUGACCACGCCCCCAUGCUAUGAAAGCGUCAAUUGGAUUGUGCUCAAGAACCCAAUACUCGUCACCUUGAAAGACUUGUGGCAUCUUCGUAUGCUUCAGUCUUCGCAUGGUAAACAAACCGGCAAAAUGUGUGACAACUUCCGGCCGGUACAGAAGCUAAACGGACGAAAACUGCAUCUCUUUGAAUAAUUGAUGCGCCCACACAUUGCGAUGCUGGCCGCUAAAUUUCACUAGGAUAAACUCCACCGCGAUUGUUUGUUAACAAUAGAUUUAAUUGAUUGAUGGGAAAGACUAAUGUCGCAUAAAAAUAAGGCUAGACCGUUAAGUAGAAUAAAAUACGAGCAUCUAA